AAUGUAGAACAAAUCAAGGGUUCGGACUGUUUUCGGGCGGCCGUCUAUGAGCACCAGUAUCUGGGAAACAAAUCGGUAGACAAACCUAACGAUAUUAUCCAAAAAAAUCUAUUGGUCUACAAACAGGUGGCCAAUAAAGCCAAACAAUAUGGCUCAAAUAUACUGGUGUUUCCCGAGGACGGCAUCAUUGAUCCGUCCUAUACGCGCCCAAUUGUAUCAACAUUUGCCGAACGUAUACCCGAUCCGCUGAAAGGUGUCCAUAAUUUGUGCGAAAAACCCGAUCCACUGCUACCGAUAACCGUAGCCCUGAGCUGUCUGGCCAGAGAUAACGGUAUGUAUAUUGUUGCCGAUUAUGGCGAUCGACAGGACUGUACAAUCGGUACGGAUAAACAUUGUCCAACUGAUGGCUACUAUUUGUACAAUACGGCCGUUGCUUUUGAUCCACGGGGAGCACUGGUAGCCAAAUAUCAUAAGCGGCAUCUGUGGUCGGGCGGCGAACACGAAUACAAUACACCGGUAGUUACCGAGUUUAGCUAUUUUGAUACACCGUUCGGUCGGAUAGGACUGUUCAUCUGUUUUGAUGCCAAUUUUGGUGAUCCGGGAACCGGUCUGGUGGCCCGUUAUGGUGUCAAAACAAUGGCAUUUCCGACCUAUUGGUUCGAUGAGUUGCCCGUCCGUACGGCCAAACAUAUCCAACAGGGCUGGUCGGUGAACAAUAGGGCCAACCUAUUGGCUGCCACUAUACUUGUCCCGGAAACUGGUUCAACCGGUAGUGGUAUAUAUGCCGGUAUUAGCGGUUCACUAAUAUCUACCGAUCUAACCGAUAGACAAUCAAAAUUACUGAUUGCCGACAUACCAGUCGACAGUGACAACACCCGGUCGUCGUGUUUAUUACCAAACAAUCGCUACAACAAAACAAUAAUCAUUGGCCAGACAAAAGUUGUCGGCAACUAUAAGUCACUGCACCCGAAAUCAAUAGCUGGCACAUCAUUGGCACAGUUGACGGCCGCCAACGAUACGCUAAACCUGUGCAACAAUGGCCUGUGCUGUCAAUUGACAUAUUCAACAUCAUCGGUGAUGGCAGCCCAGCCAUCCCUGGCCAACGAAUCCUAUUGGUUUUUGGUGGCCAAUUGGUCGGCCAGUGCUCAGCCAACAACAUUUAGUAUAGUAGGUAUGUGUCAGGAAGUUUGUGCACUUAUAAAGUGUACGGAUAAUACCUGUGCCACAUAUGCCACUGGAUCAGCUCAAACAGUAUUCAAGUCAAUCAAAUUGACUGCCGACCGGUUUACAACUAACUAUACCUAUCCGUCUGCAAUGGCCAACGAUUUGUCGAUUGUACCGAACAAGUACUGGACAUACGAUAGCCAGCGUAAAGUGGGAACCAAAGUCAGUCUAUCGGUUACCGAUUUUCGGCAACCAUUGCUCGGUAUGAGUCUGUUUGGUCGAUGCUUUCAACGUGACCUACCGUUUCUCGUUGUUGAUGGCAAUUAAUAAUUAGGACAACCGUUUAUAUCACAAAACAUUUUUUAAAAAAAAUUACAGAAUAUUAUUAAUUUAUAAACUAUUGAAUUAAUUAAUUA